GACCGUGGUGAGCUGCCGCGGGCGGCGCUGGCCCGGAUUUGUGCCCGGGUGGUGGUGGUGGCGGUGGUGAGGAUCGUCGGGCAAGACGCGGGGCAAAACAGGAGCCAGGAUAGCUGCUUUUCAGCACAUCAAGGCUUUGGCUAUGACCACACCACCCUUGCCUCCCAGCAGUCAGGACAACCUCGUAAAAACCAGUCCUUGGACAAUAUCCCUCGGGCAGUCUCUCUACUUCUCUAUUCAAAGUUAUAAUCAUGGGAAGCGUCAGUAGCCUUAUCUCUGGACACAGCUUCCACAGUAAGCAUUGCCGGGCCUCUCAGUACAAGUUGCGUAAGUCAUCCCAGCUGAAGAAGCUGAACAGGUACUCUGAUGGUCUACUGAAGUUCAGCUUCUCCCAAGAAGCGGGCCACAACAAGUCCAGCUCCAAAGGCAAUAAGAACGAGGACUUCUUUUACAUCAAAGUGAACCAGAAGGCACACCGAACAGACUAUGCCCCACUCUCGGGUGGUGAGCUGGAAGGUCAGGCUGGGACAAGCAGCAAUGAUUACAGUACUCCAACACCCCCCAAAGUGAAGCCAGGCUCCAAACAGCUGGAACUAGCUACAGAGAAGAGUGUGGCAAGGGCCACUGCUUUCAAGCCAGUUCUCCCUCACUCAAACACAGUUCUCCAUUCUUCUCCUGAUCACAGCAAUGCUGCUCAGCAGUUCCCAACCCAAGACAAAGUCAAAGAUCCGGAGAGUAAGCCUGCUCUUUGUUCUGGAGGACUUUCAGAUUCGGGGAGAAACUCUAUGUCAAGCCUGCCAACACACAGUACAGCCAGCAGCUACCAGCUGGACCCUCUGAUUACUCCUGUUGGCCCCAUCAACCGAUUUGGAGGCUCUGCUCACAACAUCACUCAGUGUGCCAUCCUUCAGGAGAGUAACAUGAUGAGUUUGAAAGCUCUGUCUUUCUCUGACGGGGGCACCAAGAUCCUGAACCCAGGCAAGUCUUCCACUCAUCCCCAUAUGACUGAGAACAGUGUUUGUGUUCGUUCACCCAUCUCCACGGAGGAGUCCGCCAUUCAGGAGCUGGAGCAGAAGCUGAUGGAGCGGGAGGGUGAGCUGCAGGAGCUCCAGUGCAGCUUUGAAGAGAAGGAGAUCGCUUCCUGCCAAAACUAUGAAGAGAAGCAAAGGCGUUGCCGGGAGGAGAUGGAAGGGCUGAAGCAGAAAUGCAACAACAAACUGAAGCAGACAUCGCAGAAGAACCAGCGAGCGCAACAACUCUUGCAACUGCAGUGUUCCAGCUGCAGCAGAGAGAAGCAGCUGCGGGAGGAGCUGUCCAACUUGAUGAAGGAGCAGGACCUUCUGGAGAACAAGCUGAGGACCUACGAGAAAGAGAAGACCACGUUUGCUCCCGCACUAGAAGAAACACAGUGGGAGGUUUGUCAGAAGUCUGGUGAGAUCUCUCUCCUGAAACAGCAACUGAAAGAAUCCCAGUCAGAGCUGAACAGCAAGACCAAUGAGGUCCUCAAUCUGAAAGCUCAGCUGAAGGACCUCCGGGCCAAGAUGGAACUGUUGGAGAUUAAAAUUCAGGAUUUGGAGGAUUCGUUGCAUGCCAAAGCCAGGGAACUGGAGGUAUGUGAGAAUGAACUCCAACACAAGAAGAAUGAGUCAGAACUACUAAGGAAAGUGAACUUGCUGGAACAAGAGAUUGCAGAGUUGAGAACUGAACUGACCAUCCUCAGGGAGGAGAUGAAAUGUGGUGUGGUUUCCAUGGGCCUGGAGGAAAGCAUGGUGGAGGAUGCCCAAGUCCUGUGGAGAGAAAUAGAGAAGCUAAAAAAACUGCAGGAGGAACAGAACAGCAACAAGCAGAUCACAGUCAACUUUCAGCAGGAACGACAAACAUGGAAGGAGGAGAAAGAGAAAGUGAUCCAGUACCAGAAGCAGCUGCAGCAAAGCUACCUUCACAUGUACAAAAGAAACCAAAACCUGGAGAAGAUGCUUCAGCAGCUGGCUGCUGGGGAGGAUGGUAAAGACCCCUUAGAUCUUGAUCUCCAUGGAACUGAUGUCCCUUAUGAGGACAUUAUUGCCACUGAAAUCUAAAUCUGAAGGGUGCUGUGGUUUGCUGCCCACUGCAGAAAGAUCUCACUUGGGGUUAUGUGUAACUUCACAGAGCACUUUUAAUGGUGGUCCUUGUCUGGCCAAAACAAGUCACCAGCCAUUGUCCAUGCAUUUCCACUCCCAACUUCUUUAUCCAGGUGUACCUGACUGCUGCUGUAGGGCAACUCAUUGAGAAAAGGGAAGAGAAGAAUUCCCAACUGACUUUUUCUCUCAUGACAUGAUCCAACAUAAGAGCAGCUUUGGUGGAAAAGAUACAAGAACCUCUGAGCCAUUAAUAAUAUGAGAUAAGACCUGCUUGUAUUCUAAGACCCUCUUAAUUCCCCUGUGAGAAGACUCUGGGGAAAAGCACACCCAUUAAACUUUUAGUUUAUGGAAGAGUGACUUGCACAUCCAGCAAGAGUUGGUCAUCAUGGUCCUCAAGGGUAACCAGUUGUUCCAUCUUUGCAGAACAUGGUGUGUUCUACUGGAAUAUUUAAGCAUCAGAUGGAACGAUAGUAGCAUUGUUCCAUCAUUUGUCUGCGAAGGACGUGCCUCCUUCAGAAAUGAUGGCUAAUAUUGUAGAGUCCCAGAAGCCAUAAUUUGUCAGUCAGCCACUGGAUCUUCAUCCUUUACCUUUCUUUUAGCGGUUGCCUCCCUUUUCUGAACAAGCUGAAGUUUGGGAGAGGCAUAUUUUUAUUUAUUGUGUGAGUGCACAUGUCUAUAAUGGAGAUGGAUUUUGAAACGCUCUUGUGUUUUUGAACAGGAAUGUUCAGAGUUGUUUAUUUAAAAUGUGAAUAUUUGUACGUAUGUAUUAUUGUUUUGCAAAUAUCUGUCAUUUAUUUUUCCACAUUUCCUAUUUUGACCUGGAGAAAAAAACAUAUUGGGUCUUCUGAGCUGAUUGUGUCUAUAGAUAUAAUUGGAAAUAUUUGCCUCAAAGUGAUGCUUUCUUUAGAAACAUGCUAGCUUCCAUUCCAUGUUUUAAAAAUUAAAAACUGUUUUACAAAGUAAAUGAGGUCAUGCAAACAGCUUGGAGGGAACCAAGGAAUAUACUGUAUUGGCAGGCAUAUAACUUUAUUUACUUAAAGCAUACGUCUUGCAAAAAAUCAACACCAGUUCAAAGCAGUCAACAACAAUAAAACUAUUAGUAAACAAUUUUCAAAUAUGGUACUGUGUUUCCACAAAAAUAAGACAGGAUCUUAUUUUCUUUUGAC